AUGGCGACAGAAUGGAGCGGGCAGCAGGGUUACAUUCUGGCUGUCGUGAUCUUCCUGUGGAGCGCGGUGGGCGGACGAACCGAGGCGGCGGCGGCCGCGGCAGCGGCAGCGGCGUCCUCGGGCGGCAGGGGCGGCGGAGGAGGCGGCGGCGGCGGUAGCGGCGGAGACGGCGACGGCGGCGGACGGGUGCUCGGCAUGCGCCUGGAGAGGAGCAACAAGCCGUCCGGCACCAAUGACGACGGCGUCAUCCAGGUGACGGAGGAGAGCACCGUGCAGCUCCGGUUCUACGGGCUGCAGCUGCACGCCGGCGCAUGGACGCUGGUCCGCUUCACGGAGCUCACGGGCGGCGGCGAGGAAGAGGAGCCGGAGGAGGAGGAGGAGGAGACGGCGGCGAGGGGCGGCAGCGGCAUGAUGGAGGCGGCGGACAGGACGUGCGCCGACUUUACGAAGGACAUCAGCGUCGGGACCUUAAUGAACGUGAGCAGCCGCGGCACCAGCGGCGUGCUCACCGUGCGCGUGAAGUCGCUCCGCAAGAGCGAGCCGCACAAGGAGUACGCGCUGUGCACGCGCCGCGCGCCCUCCGGCCGCUGGGCGCAGCUGGGCGGCAGCGACGGGCGGCUGCUGGUGCUGGAGGAGAAGAAGUCGCUGCUGCCGCUGUGGCUGCAGCUCAUCCUCAUCUGCUGCCUGCUGGUUCUGUCCGGCAUGUUCAGCGGGCUGAACCUGGGCCUCAUGGCGCUGGACCCCAUGGAGCUGCGCAUCGUGCAGAGCUGCGGCACAGACAAGGAGCGCAAGGACGCGCGCAAGAUCGAGCCCGUCCGCAGCAAGGGCAACUACCUGCUGUGCUCGCUGCUGCUGGGCAACGUGGUGGCCAACACCAGCCUCACCAUCCUGCUGGACGACCUCACCGGGUCGGGCCUGGGCGCCGUGGCGGCCUCCACCGUGGGCAUCGUGAUCUUUGGGGAGAUCGCGCCCCAGGCGCUGUGCUCGCGCCACGGCCUGUCGGUGGGCGCCAACACCAUCCUGGUGACCAAGUUCUUCAUGUUCCUCACCUUCCCCGUGUCCUUCCCCAUCAGCAAGCUGCUGGACGUGCUGCUGGGCCAGGAGAUCGGCACCGUGUACAACCGGGAGAAGCUGGUGGAGAUGCUGAAGGUGACGGAGCCCUACAACGACCUGGUGAAGGAGGAGAUGAACAUGAUCCAGGGCGCGCUGGAGCUCCGGACCAAGACGGUGGAGGACGUGAUGACGCCCGUCCGGGACUGCUUCAUGCUGCGGGCGGACGCCGUGCUGGACUUCGACACCAUGUCGGACAUCAUGGCGAGCGGCUACACGCGGAUCCCCGUGUUCGACGACGAGCGCUCCAACAUCAUGGACAUCCUGUACGUCAAGGACCUGGCCUUCGUGGACCCGGACGACUGCACCAGCCUGAAGACCAUCACCAAGUUCUACAACCACUCGGUGCACUUCGUGUUCCACGACACGCGGCUGGACGCCAUGCUGGAGGAGUUCAAGAAGGGUAAAUCCCACCUGGCCAUCGUCCAGAAGGUGAACAGCGAGGGGGAGGGGGACCCGUUCUACGAGGUGCUGGGAUUGGUCACCCUGGAGGACGUCAUCGAGGAGAUCAUCAAGUCUGAGAUCCUGGACGAGUCCGACCUCUACACCGACAACCGGAACAGGAAGAAAGUGAAUCCCAAUAAAAACAAGCCCGACUUCUCGGCCUUCAAGCAGGAGAGCGACAGCAACAUGAAGAUCUCUCCUCAGCUCAUGCUGGCGGCGCAUCGCUUCCUGGCGACAGAGGUCACCCUGUUCAGCCCCUUCCAGGUCACAGAGAAGGUCCUCCUGAGGGUCCUCAGACACCCCAACGUCAUCCAGGAACUCAAGUUCAACGACAGCGACAAACGCUCGCAGCAGCACUUCCUGUAUCAGAGAGGAAGACCUGUGGACUUCUUCAUCCUCAUCCUGCAGGGCCGAGUGGAGGUGGAAGCCGGAAAUGAAAACAUGAAGUUUGAAAGCGGACCGUUCUCCUACUACGGAGUCAUGGCUCUGAGCUCUCCUUCACUGGCCGUCACCCCUCCUCUCUCCCCAUCAGUGGCGUCUCCCCCUCCGCGGCGCCUCUCUCUUAAGAGGUUUUCUCUGUUCUCUCGUUUCCCAGAGCCCUAAUCCAGCAAGGACCGACAGUGUAAUGACCUUCAGAGUGACCUUUGACCUUUGACCUCAUUUAAAACGGGGUCUCGAUCGGGAGAAAGUUGUUUUAAAUUAAAAAUAAAUAAAAAUAAAGCUCUAAAUGUUAAACUUUAACAUUUAAAUUUACUGGACUUCCUAAGAUAUGAAUCUCAAAUAUUUAAUUAUAAAAUAUUUUUCAAAACACUAAUUAAGCAAACAUGUUCUGGUUCCAGCUUUAACACAUGACAUCGUCUUCUUUUAGAGCAUUUAAUAUUUUGUUUUGUAAAAUUUAAAGACGAUAGUUCUGUGAAUCUGCAAAUCAUUAUUUUACUUUAGUAAAUUAGAAAUAAUUAUUUGAUGAUAACUUUAAUCCAAGUCAUUUGACACAGAUCUUUCAUAAUAUAAAGAUGAAAACAUGUAAUUUAAGUUGUGUGUGUUGGUUCAACAUUUAGAAGUUUAUUUGUACUGCGACACUCAAUUAAAAUAUCUCAAAUAGUUAAAAAUGAAGUUCUUUAAAUUGUUAGUUUCGAAUGAACAAAAAGUCUUAUUUAAAUAAUUUUCACUUCUGAAUUUAAAUGAGUAAUAAUCAGAAUUGAAUGAGUUAAUUUCUCCAUAAACACUAAACAAAAGGUUCACAUGCAAGUUAUUCAAAUUAAAAUCCUUAAAAUGAAAUGCUUUGAGUUGUAUUCAUAAUGUGAGCGUGUGGUGCACAGCAGCCUCUUGUGGCUGAAAGUGGUAUUGCAACAACACAGCUUUUCAUUUCCUUUUUAUUGUCACAGAGAGAAAAAGGAGUAAUUUAAAGAUUUAUCAAACAUUAGACGGAUGACAAAACUUUAAAGCUCAGAUUUUUACGUGAAGAAGGAGAACUUGCUGGAUGGGGCUGGAGGAGCAGCACCUCCUCCCCUUGAUGUGGUCAGAGCGGAGGAGUUGGUGGCUCCUCCCCUCUGACCACAUCGAGGUCAGAUGUUAUAACUUCUGUGACGUCGGCUAAUCCGACCGGAGUCCUCCGGUUAAAGGAUUUGUAUCUUUGGAUGAGAAGAUAAAAUAUGAUGCUAGCACGGCGGCUAGUUAGCUUAGCAUAGCAUAAAGCCUGCAAACAGCGAGCACGGCUAAUUGGGACACAAGUUUAUUCUGCAUAGAGACAAAACUUACCAACAUGCGUCCAUCGCGGACGACCGUUGACUUAUUCGUUUACCCCAAAAAUCAUGGGGAACGCCGGAAGGGGCGGGGCUUCACCUCUCUUCUACCCCCCCCCCCCCCACCCCCCAAAGAAAAGAAGACACACUGUGUUCAUCUGUGAGCUUCAGAGGUGCUAACCCUACAGACCGAGCCGGGCUAGCAGUUUUCAUCCGCUUCUAUUCUUUAUGCUAAGCUAAGCUAAUCAACAUUUCUUUAUCGAUCUUCUCAUCUAAACUCUCGAGGCAACAGGAAGCCAGAUGAUGUUGAACUGUUCCUUUAAGCACUAAUGAUCAUCACCCCCCCCCCCCCCCCCUCUCUGACAUCACUGAUCCUAGCCAAUGAGAAAGCUUCCUCCUCCGGCCUCAAACGAUGCGCUCCUCACCGCAGGCGGCACGUUUGUCUCACUCUUUGCAGACACUCCCUCAUGUCUUCAUUAACGUGUGGCGUCGACUUUUACACGUGUCCGUGUUCAUCAUCAUCGCCACGUUCCGUUCACGUGUUGUUGUUGUUGUUUUCCUCUCA